ACUGACAGGCAUAUAUACUUUAAACACCAAAGACUAUUCUGAACAUUUAUGGGAAAAAAUUCUUUCUGAAGAUUAUUUCAACUUAAUCAGGAUUAAAUGUAUUUAAACUUUGGCCCUUAUUAUCCUGAGUGAAAGAAAUAACUUUAGUUUUAAUAUUUUACUUAAUCAGAAAAUAAACAGAAGGGAACAAUAUGAAUAAACAAGAAUAUGGAGAGCCUGAUGUCCUGUGGUCUUCCUUAAUAACAACCCAUUUUCAAGAGACUAUAAUCUCAACAGAAGCUUUCUACCAAGGAUCUUAAUCAGAUUCUGAGAAAAUUCACACUCAAAAUAAACAAUAUGCCACUAAAACCCAAACACUGUAAGUAUUAGCAGCUAUACAAAAAGUUAGCUUCUAUCUAAUGAGUCAUUUUUAAAAUGAUGAAAGUCUAAGUCUUUCAAGUGCUUUCUAUUCAAGCUGGAAAAUAUAUAAAGGUAGGAAUCAUUUACAAAGCAGGUUGAGAAAUUUUACUUCAUUUUACACAUCCUUGUUUGACUCCAUGCAAACAUCAAACUAAGAAUGGCAAAAAUGAGUUUCUCUUCCUACAUAUUAAUACUAACUUUUUCUUUGCUUUCUCAAGGUGUUUCACCUUCAGCCUCCAAGUCAAUAAGAAAUUUAGAAGAUGACAUGGUAUUUAAAACGCUGAGGCUGGGGAAAGGCUUUCAGAAGGAAGAUACUGAAGAAAAAUCAAUUGUUGUUCCUUCCCUGGAGGAAUAUAAAAAUGAUGGGAGCGAUUUCAUGAAUGAUGAGGAAAACAAAAAUUCAAAGAAUGCAGGUUCCAAACACAAUUUCUUAAAUCAUGGUCUGCCACUGAAUCUGGCUAUAAAACCUUAUCUUGCACUAAAAGGAUCUGUAGCUUUUCCAGCUGAGAAUGAAGUUCAAAAUACUGAAUCAACACAAGAAAAGAGAGAAAUUGCGGAUGAAGAAAACUCAGCUAAAUUUCCUAUAGGAAGGAGAGAUUUUGACAGUGAGUAGUCUUUUUAAAAUU